ACAAAAAUGACUUUUGACCUGUAUACAUCCACUUAUCAAGAAACCGCUAACUACCAUAAUAUUAUAUAUUCCUUUAAAUCCUAUAUUUUUAUAUUUUUGCGAACUGUUUGCAAUAACGAAGAUAUUUGAAAUAGACAGAAUUCGUGGGCACAUUGUAUAUACACGCAUCGAUCAUUUAAAAUUUCUCCUGAGGUCAAGAGGUGGAGUGUGCAGGGGUUAAUUGUCCCUUAUUUUAUCCAACGGAAAGGUCUUUUCGGAAUUUCGUCAUCUUUUUUCUCAUUUUCAAAUUUUCUCUUUUUCCAUCCUCAUUCUCUCUUAUUCGUAUCAACACCACACGGUCACCCACUACGAGUCAGUUAACUUGUGCCCAAACCGCAGGCUUGCUUUGACUUUGCUGUUAGUUCUUAUGGGUAUCACCCGGUAGUUCCUGCGUGGCUAAGCCCAUUGGCGAAUAAAGUUAAUUAUAUAUUACAAUAUGUAAUAAAUCCUUUAAAAAGACCGGUGCACCCGCCGAGAAUCGAAUCCGGAACCUUUUGGUAGUAACCGGCUAGACUGCGUACUUUGAUACCAGUUCGCCAAUAUAUAAUACAUUAUUUCGUUAAGUAUACAAGAUCUUUUGUUAAUUAUAAUAUUCGAUUGUCUUUAAAAAACAAAUUUAAAACAAGAUAUAUGUAAUAAACUUUACGAUAAAACCGGUUAUUUGUAGAUAUUGUGAUGAUCUUCCCUAUAAAUUCCCAUUUUUGACAAUCUAUCAAAGAAAAUUUCGCUCAAUGAACACGCCGCUUAAAGUGCACUUCUGCUUUAUCUGUAAAGCGAGGUGUGGUUAAUUGGAACGGAUGAGUGUUCAGUUUGUAUUGUAGUGAAGAUAUUUUUCUUUCGAAUAAAAGCAAAAACCGAUCAAAACGAAAAGGGCACAAUGCUUGGUCGUCUACCUGCAUGUGUAAUCGAUGUGGGUACGGGAUAUACAAAGCUAGGCUUUGCAGGCAAUAAGGAACCUCAGCUUAUAAUUCCUUCUGCAAUUGCUAUUAAAGAAACUGCAAAGGUUGGAGAUAAUAAUGCCAGAAGGGUUACUAAAGGGGUCGAAGAUUUGGAUGCUUAUAUUGGAGAUGAAGCUUUUGAAGCGACUGGUUAUUCUGUGAAAUAUCCAGUUAGACAUGGAUUAGUGGAAGACUGGGAUUUAAUGGAAAAAUUCCUACAGCAAUGUAUUUUCAAAUAUCUUAGGGCAGAACCUGAAGAUCAUUACUUUUUACUCACAGAACCACCAUUAAAUACUCCAGAGAAUCGGGAAUAUACAGCAGAGAUAAUGUUUGAAUCAUUUAAUGUGCCAGGUCUUUAUAUUGCUGUACAAGCAGUAUUAGCAUUAGCUGCCUCUUGGACAGCUAAAACAAUAGAGGAUAGGACAUUAACGGGUGUUGUUGUCGAUAGUGGAGAUGGCGUAACUCACGUAAUACCAGUGGCAGAAGGUUUUGUUAUAGGAAGUUGUAUAAAACACAUUCCUAUUGCCGGUCGUGAUAUUACAUAUUUCAUUCAAAGUUUGUUACGAGAACGUGAAAUUGGAAUUCCACCUGAACAAUCAUUAGAAACAGCUAAAGCAAUAAAAGAGAAGUAUUGCUAUAUAUGUCCCGAUAUUUCAAAAGAAUUUGCUAAAUACGAUAGUGAUCCUACUAAAAUAAAAAAAUAUGAAGGUGUCAAUAGUAUUACAAAGCAACCAUUUGUAGUAGAUGUUGGAUAUGAAAGGUUUCUUGGACCAGAGAUAUUCUUUCAUCCUGAGUUCUCUAAUCCAGAUUUCACGACACCACUAAGCGAAAUCGUAGAUGAUGUAAUUCAAAAUUGUCCAAUAGACGUUAGAAGACCAUUAUAUAGUAAUAUUGUAUUAUCGGGUGGUUCUACGAUGUUCAAGGACUUUGGUAGACGAUUACAACGUGAUAUAAAACGAAUUGUCGAUGCACGUCUCAAACUUAGCGAAACAUUAAGUGGAAGUCUUAUUACGCCAAAACCUAUAGAUGUUCAUGUUAUAUCGCAUCACAAACAACGUUGGGCAGUAUGGUACGGAGGUGCGUUAUUAGCUAGCGAUCCAGAAUUUUAUACAGUUUGUCAUACCAAAAAAGCUUAUCAAGAAUAUGGACCUGGAAUUUGUCGUUAUAAUCCCGUAUUCCAUAGUAUGGUAUAAAAUAAAUAAGAAUACAAGUGGCAUUAAAAGGAAUUACAUUAUUAUGGACCAAUGGUCCCUCUAAACGCUAAUUGAUCUAUCAACAAUUUGAUGAAUUUCUAAUUUUUUAUCUUAAAUGAUGAUGUAUUUGAUUAGAUGGAAUGGGUGUUUUUAUUAUAUAAUUGCUAACUGAAAUAAUUACAGAGGAACUAGUAAACGCCCAGUAUUGCACUAGUAAACGCACACAAAAAAGGUUUUAUGCUCAUUAAUUAUUACAAUAAUAUAUGACGAUAUUUAUAUGUAAUAAAGAUACAGGGAAAAUCUCUCAAAAAGAUGAAGGUAACACUGCAUUAGAAACAAUGACUAGGAAUAGUCAAUAAAAAUGAUAAUACAAGAUAAUUGUAUAGAUCUGUACAUAACAUAAGACAACUUGAAAAUAAUAAUUCUUUUUUAAUGAAUUACA